UUGACACAAAUCCAAAUAAAAUGGUAACUGAACAAGAACAGAUCAAAUCGACGCUUCACUUCCGAAACGCUAAUCAAUCGUCAAUCAUCGAUUUCAUCAGAAGCGGAAGAAGAAGAAGAAGAAGAAGUAGUAGGUUCUGUAGGGUAAGAUUCUCCUCGGGUGGAAGAGGAUGUCAUGUUGUUCGUCCUUAUCCGCGGCUCCUUCAUCUAUGUCUUUGAUUACCAACCGCAAAUUCACGAGUUCUGUCAAUAAACCUCUGAUUGUUUCCAUGAAUUCUCGCUUCAGAGCUUCUGCAGAAGUUCCCGAUUUUCUUCCUGCUGACUGGCACGAUGCACACAAGAAGGAUCCUAUAGGUCCAAGACUACAUGUAACUGUUCAACUAUGCAAUUCACUGCAGAAGAAGCUAUUCAACACCAGCUAGAUGCUCUGAGAUACAAUGAUCGUCCCCACCAAGAUUAUGGAAUUGAAGUCAUGUACCAGUUUGCAGGGUUCGAUCCUCUUCGAAGGUCAACAUAUUUUGGUCCCUUCUUUGAUUUGGGACAGUUUGAAAGAUUUAGACGAGUAUUCCACCAUUCAACUUAUCGUGUAUUGUUAGGCCAUAAAGAGAGAAAGAUCUUGAGCAGUUUGUUUGUAGAGGAGAACCGAUUCAAGCAGCGGGUAUGGAUACGAGGUUGUCGCCCCAAGGAAGAAGAAAUAUUUCAAUUCACCAUGGUUCAGAGGGUUGGGGGCUCGUGGGAUGGGUAUUGGCUUACAGAGAGUUUACUAAACGAUGGGGAUGCAUUUAGUGGAGGCUUAGCUUAUUAAGGAAAAGGACGUGGUGCCACAAUUGGUUGGCUGGUUAGCAACCUUAGCACGGUAUUGUUCCUUGUAUAUCUGAAAUGUAUAUCAUACGUCUUUGUUGUUGGGAACUCUUGUACGAUUCUAUAGAAUUUGUAUAUAUUUUUUUCAUGGCUUCAUUUUAA